CUACUCUGCAGGAAUCUUCCUCUGACCAUCCGUCACUAAGGAACCAGCGUGAACGUGACAGAAUCACAACCAAGAUGUUUCUCGCCGAACUUGCUAUGGCAACUCUGAUGCUGUCAUUUGUAUCUUCAAGACCAUCUGUGAUUGACUGCGGCGGCAAAGCAGCUGACAUCGUGUUCGUCGUGGACACAUCCAGAUCAAUAUGGCCGCCAGAUUUCAACAGACACGUGCUCCCUUUCGUCAGCGACGUUGUCGGCAUGUUUGACGUUGGGCCAGGUGAAAAACAAACACGUGUUGGGAUGAUCACAUUCGGGAACACAUACCAUCACCAGUUCCAUCUGAAGGACUACCAGGACAAGGAAUCACUCACAAAGACAAUCCUCAACACACCAUUCAGGGGAGGUAACACCAAGACGGAUGCAGCUCUAGACUACAUGAGGACUGUCAUGUUUGCACCUGAGAACGGUGCACGUGACGGAGUCGCCCACAUAGCUGUUGUUAUCACAGAUGGUGAAUCUGACAACACAGAACUGACCAAAGUGGCUGCAUCUCUGGCUAAGAAGGAUGGAAUCCAGACCUUUGCUAUCGGCGUUGGGCAUCGUGUUGUAUACUCUGAACUGAGGAAUAUUGCUUCAGAUCCUGACAGUCAGUAUAUGUUCCACGUUGGAAACUUCCGAGCUCUCGACAGUAUCAAAAAUAUGCUUGCAAUCCGUACAUGUGCAGCAACGACUAAAGCUCCUACGACAGAGCGCCUGACAACACCAACCACUACUACCACCACAACUACCACAACGACGCCCUCAACAACAACAACAACAACAACAACAACAACGACGACGACGACGCCAUCAACAACCAGUACUGCGCCAACAACUACUGAGACAACUACAAGCACCACCACAACAACCAUCAGAACAUCACCAUCCACUUUCCCUCAACGGACACCAGCCAAGAUUGGCGCAGCUACAACGGCAGCACCACCAAAGUCAACAACAGAACGACUGAUCGGCGACGAGGGUCGCCCAGACACUGACACCGAAACUGAUGACUGCAAGAGCAAACCUGCCGACAUAUACUUUAUUCUGGAUGUGUCCGCUAGUCUGUACAUCAAACACUUCAAAGAAAAAGUCAUCCCCUUUGUCUACGACGCCGUCAAGGACUUCGACAUCAGCCCCGCCCACACUCGUGUCGGUCUUGUCACCUUCGCCACCAACGUAACAUCUGUCUUCGGACUGGACACUUACAAAGCCAAAGACGAACUUCAGAAGGCUAUAUCCCCCGACAGCAUUGUGUACACCGGUGGUCUUAAAACCAACACAGCUGACGCCAUAGCUUACGUCAGAGAUGUUGGCUUUGCUCGCAACGUUGCUCGCAAAGGGGUCACCAAGAUGGCGGUGGUUGUAACAGAUGGCAUGUCAUUCGAUCCUAUGUUGACAGCAAAAGAAGCUAAGCUUACCAAGGAUUCUGGAAUCUUCAUGUUUGCUGUUGGUGUUGGUCCCAGCAUUAACCCAGUAGAGAUGAAGGUUAUUGGCAGUCAUCCCGAGGAGCAGUUUGUUUUCCAUGUCACCCAUUUCGACGCCCUGGCUGGAGUGACAGCCAUUUUGAAGGAGGAGACAUGCCGACUAAAGGGAGCGAAUACUAUCAUCUUUGACCCUGAAAAUUGCGUCAUUGGUCCCACUGACAUCAUGUUUGUCUUCGAGUCCGCUUCUAAACUUCCAUCGAGCCGCAGCAUCAUGAGAACAGUAAUCACCAACUUUGCUGAGAAAUUGAAGGUGAAGGCCGAGCAGGUGCGUGUUGGGUCACUGACUGACCCUUGUCCUGACGAAGAGGACCUGAGCUUUAUCAGCCUCGAGACCUUUAAGCAAAAGGUCAACACCAUUGUACAGAACACAGAAGGGGAGAUGCAUCGUCUCAUCAACACCCUGAGGACAGAAGAGUUCAAGGGAAAAUCCGUACGCCGCCAGGUUGCAGUAUUGUUCUUGGAUGAGAACACUCGAAAAGCUGGCUCGGUGGUGCGUCAGGCAAGGAAACUGAAGAAAGAAGGUGUAGAGGUUUAUGUCGUAGCCGUAGGCGAUGUCUCUGAGUACAUAGUGACAGGAUCAGCAUCUGAACCCCAUAAGGAUCACGUGAUACGGCUCCAGAGUUAUCCUCAUCUCAAAUCAGUGAAACUGAACAAGCUUUGGAACAUUUGUGCAGAAGCUGAAACAAAACAACCACAUCAGUAAGGUCUCCAUGCAUUUAUCCAAGGAUGAAGGAAUCCUUGACUAUGAUGGCGCUCGUUACAUUCCCGUGGAAGAUCUCAUUCCAAGGUUGUGAUAUCUCUGAUCUCUAACACGCAGGCUCUUCUUGUCCAGCAUUCAGCCAGGGUAUGUCGUAUCAUGCCGAUAUAGUCUGAAUGUACUGAAUGCGUGCAAUAUGAACACGUAACAUGUUCCUUUAUACGGCGAUGACACUCAUACUUAUUUUAAAGGUCAUUGUAUUUUCUGGAGUGUUUGUUCAAUUUCGUAUAUUCUUUUAAUAGAGAGGCCCCCACUUCCAUAUUUGACUGGUACGCUAC